AGCAUUUGCGAUUUUCUAUCAGUUGAAACUUGAAGUUAGACGUGAGAACAAGUGAACUAGAAUGCCGUACAAACCAGCCAAUUUAUAUGAUGCCGAUCGCAAAAUCUGGAGUGGCGACCAGUUUUCGAAUUACUUCGACUCGCACUUGUCCAUCGGAGAGAUAAUUUUCGAAGAAAUGCGUCGGCAUCCGCAGCUCAUUGCUCAGAUCUCGGCUACGGAGAACACUAUUCUGACCAGGGCGGAACUCCAUGCCAACUCGAUGAGAGUGGCCAGCUAUAUGCGAUCCUUGGGACUUCUUCAAUCCGAUGUGGUGGGCAUUAUAGGCAGAAAUACCACCCACAUGUUAGCCGUUGCCUACGCCUGUUUUUUUAACGGAAUUGCCUUCCACUCGCUCAACAUCACUUACGACCAGAAAACCAUCGAGAAAAUCUACAACAUCACGAAACCAAAGGUAAUUUUUUGUGAUGGUGAUGAGUUCGAGAAGGUUCGAGCUGCCACUUCUGAACUUGAUGUCAAAAUAGUCACGAUGCGUAAUCAUCCGUCGGAUUCCAUUCGGAUUGAUGAGGUGCUGGCCACUCCCAUCGAGGAGAACUUUAAGGCAGCUCGACUCGAACAAGGAAAUGAUCAAACUCUGGCCAUUCUGUGCUCCUCGGGAACAACGGGAAUUCCCAAAGCUGUAACUGUUACCAAUAGUCGACAAAUCCUCGCCGAGAACUAUCAUCUUACCACUGCUGAUGUACAGUACUCCCAUAACACGUUAGACUGGAUCACCGGCCUGCUAACCACCAUAACCUCUGGAGUAUUCAGCACAACUCGCAUUAUCGCAGAUAACCCCUUCGAUCCCGCCUUCGCACUGCGAGUAAUAAAGGAGUACAAGGUCACCUGGGUCAUCCAACCACCUUCUGCCAUGGCUUUGAUGAUUAACUCUCCGGAGUUUGAGACCUCUGACUUUUCGAGCAUUCGGUGCUACAUGUUUGGAGGAUCUCGGGCCUCUAUAGAAGUGCAGCAGAGUAUCCGAAGUCGACUGAGCUCGGAUUGUCUCCACUUUGCCUACGGAUUCACAGAGCUGGGCGCCAUGGCCACGAUAAACUUUCAUCAUGACCUGAAACCCGGGUCGGUGGGUCGACUGGUCAACGGACUCAAGCUGAAGAUAAUCAACGAUAAAGGUGAAUCGCUGGGACCAGAUGAAGUGGGCGAGGUGUGUGUCCAAAACAACCAAUUCUGGUCAGGUUACUACGGAAAUGAAGCGGAAACCCGUCAAAUCCGCGAUUCAGAGCGAUGGUAUCACUCCGGGGAUCUUGGGUGCAUGGACCAAGACGGGUUUCUGUAUAUCGUGGACCGCAAGAAGGAGAUGCUGAAGUACCAGAACAUCAUGUACUACCCUAACGAUAUCGAGGGCGUCAUUUCCGAGAUGCCAGAAGUGCUGGAGGUGUGCGUCUUCGGGAUUUCCAGUGACAUCUAUGGAGACGAGGCCGCUGCCGCUGUGGUUAAGAAGCUGGGAAGCAACCUGAAAGCCCAGGAUGUUAUAGACUAUGUGAGCAGUAGAACGGACUCGAAGUACAAGCAGUUGAACGGAGGAGCAAUCAUCGUGGAGGAUCUGAAGCGAAGUGCCAAUGGCAAAACCAAUAGAAUGGCCAAUAAGGCGUAUUUUUUGGAGGUGAAAAAGAGGAGCUGAUUGUUUUCUUAGUAAAUAAAAAUAUGUGAUGCCUUAGAGAACUAAAUAAAAUAAAAAC